AUGUCCAGUAAUAUAGAGCCUCAGACAACAGCCAAAUGUAUACUAUAUACAACGAAAGGGGAUAUUGUCGUUGAAUUAUGGGCUAAAGAGUGCCCUGAGACAUGUAAGCGGUUCUUGACGAUGCUUUCAGAUGGAGCAUUCGUCAAUGGAGAGUUUAAUGAGUUGAAGCCAACUCAAUGGCUGAGAUUUAAUGCAACUAGAACUGGGGAGCAUUGCACAGUUCCUCAGGAAAGAAAUCCACGGUUAAGGUUCAAUAAGGAUGGACUUUUGGGUUGGGAUAGACAAAGGAAUACAUGGUUUAUAACUGUGCAGACCGAUUCUAAGCAUGUCCUUAACGAUUGUAAUGUCUUUGGGAAAAUCGUUGGAAAAUCUAUCUAUAUUUUCAGAGAGAUUUUGGGCGGCGAAAUUGAAGCUCUCAAUGAUGAGGCCAAACAAUUCAUGUACCCUGCAGUUUUGAAGGAUUUUGAGAUCACUAUACCAUUCUUUGAAGACAUUUUUCCAUCAAAAAAAAGACUGCAAGAUAGUGAAGAAAAAGAGCAACGUCCAAAAAAAAAAUUUAUGAUACCUGCGAAGGUCAAGAUGAUAUAUGAAGAUGAUGAAGAGGACGAUGAUGUUGCUAUUGAUGUUAUAAAGACUAAAACAAAAAAGAGGAUGGUUCUCCCAGCGUGUAUCAAAGAUGAGAGCUCAAGCGAAAUCUAUAGGUCUGCCAUGCCUUUAGGCCAGCAACAAAAACCGCCUAUUACCGAACAGAUGGAGUCGCAUAAAAGUGUUAGCAGUUCAACUAUUGGAAUUACGGCAGGUAACGAUAACGAAGAAAUGAUAGACAAAAGAGAACGGGACACUUUGGAAAUGUUAACCAAAUUCCAGCAACGAAUAAAAAACAAGAAGAUUUUGAAGUGA